UCAUGCCCUUAUUUGGUACAAGAGAGGGUCACAUGACCACAAAAUGGUAGAACCUCUCGGCAGUAGCUGAGCCGAGCAUCCCUGAAGCUGAGAAAGACAGUCACAGAUCUGUGAUCUAGACGCCAGAGCAGAAGAGAAAGACUUGUGCCUCGGCUGUGGAAAUGUAAGACUGCUAUUUUGUGACAACAUAUUGAAAAGCUACAAAAUUUCCGGAGUCUUCACAGUUAUCUGCAUCUACUCUGCUUGAGACACAUAUAAACAACUCUUUGUCUUUCUCCUUCUGGCGAUGUGGGGAUGGAGCAGCCUCAUGAACGCACGAUGAGUUUUGAGGGGGCAGAGGGUCGACCAGUCCCACCCACAUCCUUGCCACUGCAGGGUCAAGAGGGCGGGGUCUCUCAGAGGAAGAAGCUAUCAGCGCCUCAUAUUAGCCUAUCAUUGGACCAAAGCGAGGAUGACCUGUUUGACACACCGGAUGACCUCGACAUCAAUGUGGAUGAUCUGGACACACCUGAUGAGGCAGAUUAUACUGACCAUGAAAUAGACUGGGAAGAGCCUAAAGAAGCUCAGAGAGAUUCUGUAAAAGAAACAGCUGAGCCCAUUCCCACAUACAGUGCUGAAGAGGAGCGUCAAGAUUCCAAACUGUGGAGAACAGUCAUCAUUGGCGAGCAAGAGCACCGCAUCAACAUGAAAAGCAUCGAACCUUACCAAAAAGUCAUCUCUCAUGGAGGCUACUAUGGCAAUGGUGCAAAUGCUAUCAUUGUAUUUGCUGCAUGUUUCCUACCUGACAGUGACAGAGAAGAUUAUCACGAGAUUAUGGAAAAUCUUUUCUUGUAUGUUAUCAGUACCCUUGAGCUCAUGGUUGCAGAGGACUAUAUGAUCGUGUACCUGAAUGGAGCCACUCCACACCGGAGAAUGCCGGGCCUCAAUUGGCUCAAAAGAUGCUAUCAGAUGAUUGACAGGAGGCUCAGAAAGAACUUAAAAUCGUUUAUCAUUGUUCACCCAUCAUGGUUCAUAAGGACAAUUCUAGCCAUCACUAAACCUUUUAUCAGCUCAAAAUUCAGCAGUAAGAUAAAGUAUGUGAACAGUUUAACAGAACUGGAGAAGCUCAUCCCCAUGGAGUACGUCCACAUACCUGAGUGCAUCAUCAGAGUGGAUGAAGAAUUACGGGAAGCAGCAGAGAAUUCUAGAAUCAACAGCUUUCUCCAAGGGACUGAGAUUCUAACAAAUGCAUCCAUAGCUCAGCCCAAUGCGAACAGUUCGUAAGGAUGAAAGUACGUCUUUAUUUGUCUUUUGAGUAUUCAAAAUUGUAUCGAUUGCACAUGGAUGUGGAUGCAAUAAUCUUGUAAAAUAAGGAAAAAAAAUAUUUUUUUUUAAAUGUGAACAAAACGUGUUUGUUCUUUAACGCAUAUCACCGCAGAUAAAUUGUCCAUUUCUGAAUUUGCACCACAGGACACAAUACCACAGUAGCAAACCAAUGCUUGAAACACCCUUAUCGUCUUUUAAGGUCUUGCAGAAGCUUAUCUUGUUACUUGAAUUAUGCAUGAGAGGCAUCUUAGCAAUACAAUCAUAUUGUAAUAUUUCCCUUUAGGUUAAUAAUAUUCACUGUCAGAUAUUUUUGUAAUUGGCGCAUGUUAUAAAGUAGGCAGUGUUUGGACAUAAGAUUCCUGUCUGCCAGGCUGCACAUCACAUGAGCUGUAUUAAUAUUAAUGCAUGCAUGGUUAUUGUUAACACAAAGACGAUGCUAAGUAACCUGUUAGCACUGAUGCUAAUUCAGUAAUUCAGUAGACUACAUUCUCAUGAUAAACUUAAACAAUGCCUCAUUUAAAGUCUUAAAAAUGUUAAUGACAUUUACAGAGGGGCCCAAGCCAUGUUUAGGAACCAGAAUUUCAUUUUCACAAAAAACAAUUAAUUAAACAAUUGGAAUACUCACCCUAUCAACCACUCAGAACCUUUAAGCAACUGGACAACAACAUUCUGGCAACCAACCACUCAAGUGUGACUGUUGUGUACAGACAAACAACAUUCGUAUUUUCUUCUGGUUACUUCUGAAAUUCUGUGUGGUGCCGGUAGUGAAUUGUACACUUUACCUUUAGCAUUCAGAAGCCAUAGUGAGCCAUUAGUUUAUCUAGUGCCCUAAGCACUACAAAUCUAUAGAUCUUUAAGAACUUUGAUGUCUGAUUUUAGGUGUUUGCCAUGUGUAAAGAUAAAAACAGUUGAAACAAUCAAAUGGUCUGUCAAUUUCACCAAGCAUGCUGUUUCUGAAGUUUUUAAAGUUCAUUGUGACUGCUCUGUCCACUUCUAAACACCUCUCGUGUCAAUGAUGUAUGUGAGGGUGUGUAUGUGUGAUUGUUGUUGUAUGUAUGUUUUUUUGCUGUUAGAUCUCUCAGCAAACAGGCGUUCAUAAAGGGAUUUUAAAAGAAUGCUGUACAAUGUGUGUUUGUGUGAAAAUAUUAGUUUGUGUGAGAGACAUUUUGUGAGUGAUUGUAUCACUGCAUGUGUCCAUGGUUGUCAAUAUCUGAUCGUUCUAGAUUGAAAUUUUAUCAAAGAAAAAUAAUGAAACAUUACUGAAAACGUAAAUCCAGAGGCCUUCUGUAGUAGAGAAUAUUGAGAUGUGUUAUAUCAGGAUGCAAAGUAAAUCAAUAAAUUUAAAUC